AUGACUCUCAACGACGAGAAGAGCGAUGCCCAUCCUGUGGCAGAGAAGCACGUCGAAGAUGCCAUCGUCGUCGGAACCUCGCAGCUUGAAGUUGAUCCCGAGGACGCGGCCCGGAAGAAGGCUCUGACACGAAAGAUCCUAUGGAAAACAGACCUCAGGAUUCUUCCACUCCUCAUCGUUCUCUACCUCUGCUGCUGGAUCGACCGCGCCAACGUGGGCAACGCAAAGAUCCUAGGCCUCCCCGAGUCCCUCCACAUCAACUCUCACCAAUACGGCAUCGCCCUGGCCGUCUUCUACGUCUUCUACAUCAUCUCCGAGGUUCCAUCGGUGCUCCUCCUGAAGAUCGUCACUCCACGACGAUGGCUCGCCGCUCUGGGCAUCGCGUGUGGGAUUCUCGGCAUGUGUCUGGCGUUUGUGCAGAAUCUCGCCGGCUUCAUCGUGCUGCGAAUCAUUCUGGGCCUCUUCGAGGGCGGUCUCCUCCCGGGUAUCGUGGUCUAUCUGUCGGGACUGUACACGCGCGGAGAACUCGCUCUGCGGAUCGGCAUCUUCUACACGUCCGCGACGCUCGCGGGCGCGUUCAGCGGCCUACUGGCCCGCGGACUGUCGGCCAUAAGACCCCGCGGCGGUAUCGACGCGGGCUGGCGCUGGAUCAUGCUGAUCGAGGGCCUCCUGACCAUGGUCGUGUGCGUCGUCGUCGUGACGCUCCUGCCCAAUACCAUCUCCGCCGCCCGGUUCCUCACGCCCGAGGAAAGGGAAUACGCAGCGACCCGGCUGCACGUCGACGCGACCGCGCACGUCGAAGGCGGACGCGAGGUCGAGGCCGAGAAGUUCAGCUGGUCCGAGGUCCGACGAGGCCUGUUGAACCUCCAGGCCUGGCUGGCCGCCCUGACGUACAUCACCAUGCUGUCCGGCAUCUAUUCGAUCAGCAUCUUCUUGCCGUCGAUCAUCAAGGGCCUGGGCUACACGGCGAACUCGGCGCAGCUCUGGUCCGUCAUUCCCUACGCCGUGGCGACGGUCUUCACCAUCGCCGUGGCCGUCUUGUCCGAUCGGUACCAGCUGCGCGGUCCGUUUAUGCUGAUCACCCUCCCCGUGGCGAUCGUCGGAUACGCGGUCAUCGCCAACGUCGAUGACUCGAAGGUCCACGUCAAAUUCGCCAUGACAUGCCUGAUCGCCUCGGGCCUGUACGGCAGUGCCCCGCCCUGUAUCGUCUGGGUGACGAACAACUGCUCUGGCCACUACAAACGCGCCGCCUCAUCCGGUCUCCAACUAGCUGUCGCAAACUGUGGCGGUUUCAUCGGAUCAUUCAUCUAUCCAGCCGAGCAGGGGCCUCGAUAUUUCGAGUCGCACACCAUCGUCAUGUCACUUCUGAUCCUCGGAUGGUUCACUGUCAUCGUGAAUAUUCUCUACUGUGCCAAAAUCAACCGAGACAAGGCCAACGGGAAAUACGAUCAAUUCAUCGGCUAUGGAGACGACAGGGAUCCACAAUACAAGAUGACGAUUUAA